AUGGGUAACUGCGAUAGUCAAGUUGCUGACCAGGCGAAGAAAAACAAAAAAAUCAAUGCCGAGCUCAAUAACGCGAAGAAGCUUGAUGAGAACGUUAUAAAGUUGUUGCUGCUCGGAGCUGGAGAAAGUGGAAAGAGUACGAUAUUGAAGCAAAUGAAAAUCAUUCACGAUAAUGGAUUUUCACACGACGAAAGUAUUGAGAAGAAGAAUGUAGUGUGUGCAAAUACUGUUCAGUCGAUGGGCGCCCUUCUCGACGGAAUGGCUUCCCUUCAUAUUGAUUUCGGCUCGAAAAGCUGUUUGAAACACGAAAUUUUGAUUCGAAAAAUUCUAGGAAGUAAAGAGGAAUUUCAGCCGUUUACACCGGAAAUUUAUAAAGCCCUUAAAGCAUUAUGGUCCGAUAAAGGUGUGAGGAGUGCGUUUGACCAACGCGAGAACUUUUAUUUACACGACUCUGCUCAAUAUUUCUUGGAUUCACUUGAUAGAAUCAACGACACCAGUUAUAUGCCGACAGAGCAGGAUAUUCUACAUACGAGAAUUGCCACAAUGGGCGUCAUUGAAGUGAAUUUCAAAAUGAAGAAUAAGACAUGGAGAGUUUUUGAUGUUGGGGGCCAACGAUCGCAGCGAAAAAAGUGGAUUCAUUGUUUUGAUGACGCCAAGGCCUUGAUUUAUGUCGCUUCACUUUCAGAGUAUGACCAAGUUCUCAUGGAAGACAACGCCACGAACCGCAUGCAAGAGUCAUUGCAAUUAUUCAAGCAGGUCAUCAACAAUCGAUAUUUCCUCAAUACGUCCGUCAUUUUGUUCUUGAAUAAAAAAGAUUUGUUUGAGGAAAAGAUAAUGGUCAAGAAACGAUCACUUCGAAUCGCUUUUGAGAGCUACAAUGGUCCCGAUGAGAAUUAUGAGGCCGCAGUGAGCUACAUCGAGAAGCGCUAUAACGCUGUGAACGAGAACGCUGAGAAAAAUUUGUAUGUGCAUCACACAUGCGCCACCGACACCGAACAGGUGCAAUUCGUACUCGAUUCGGUGCUCGACACGAUUCUCUCCAGCAAGUUGAAAGGAUGCGGGCUAUAUUAA